CUUUCUGUACUUUCCCAUUGGCCGCACUUGCAUUACAAAGAAGAAGAUAAAUAUUGCCUCUUUCUUUCUCUCUGUCUUUCUUUCUCUUUCUCUUUCUAUCUCUAUAUUUUCUCUCUUCUGCCAUCAACACCCAUCUCUCUCUCUGUGUUCUCUUUUCGGCCCAAGAUCCUCCUUGCUUUCGGUGCUUUGAAAAGUGAAUUUAAAGCUGCUUAUAAUCACCUCUCUCUCUCUCUCUCUCUCUCUCUAUUUUUUUUUUUCUCUGCUCAUAGAAUACCCUCCAUCUCUUCCUCUAUUUGUCUUUUUAGUUGUUCUGCUUCUCCAUUCUAUGCUACGAACCGACCUCAAAGUUCCAAUUAUUUACGGUUUUUUUGUUAUCUUCUUGCUAUUUUUUUUUUCCCUUCUAUUUUGGGUUUUUUUUUUUUUUUUUUUAUGUUUUUUCAUUAGCUUAUGCUGCGGUCAAGCUUUUCUUUUGGUUGCUUCAUCUACAAGAUCUUAUCCGACUCUGCUUAAAAAAUAAGCUGAAAAUUUUCUCUGGAAAGUGAAAGAAAAAAUUCUCAGAAUUUUCUGGGAGAAAAAAAAAAAAAAAAAAGCUACAGGAGUGGAUAUGUUUAAUGGUUCUCUUAUAGCUUAAAAUAUUUGACAUGAGCCGCAGAUUUUAGUCCCCACCCUUUUCAGAAACAUAGGAAAACAGAGCAAAAAAACAAAAAACAGUCAUGGAUUCAAAUACCCAUCAGAGUUUUCAUCACCAACAGCAACAGGAUCACCAAUCCAAUUCUGGGUUAUUGAGAUUUCGCUCAGCUCCGAGCUCUCUCCUCAUUAAUUUUACCGAGGAAGGUGGUGGUGAUUGCGGCGGUGGUGUUAAUAAGAACGGCUCGUGUGAGGGUUCGGAAUCAGAGAGAUUGUUUACCAGAUUCGUCAAUUACAGUGGCAAUAACGAUUCCGAUUCUACGCCGAGCUUCCAAGACUUUGAUGACAAAUCGACCGUGACGGCAACUGAAGCAGCUGUGGUUUCGAACCGCAUGAACUCCCAGCAGCAGGGUUAUAAUACUGGUUUACCACCUCAUUAUCCCAGACACGGUUCGAAUACCAGUGCCUCUGCAAUGGAUAAUAGCUCGUUUGGAUUGGUGGGUUCAAUGGCAAUGGAUCAUCAAGCCCAAUCCAAGACCGUUCAUUCCAAUCUUGCCCGCCAAAAUAGCACUCCUGCUGGGCUUUUCUCCCACAUCUCUGUCCCAAAUGGCUUUGCCACCAUAAAAUGUGCAGGAAACUACGGUGGACUGAAUGGUAGUAAUGGAGAAGUAAGUCCACCCACAAACAGAUUGAAGAGUCAUCUUAGUUUCUCAUCAAGAUUCCCCACUUCUUUGGGGAUGUUGUCGCAGAUUUCAGAAAUUGGGAGUGAGAAUCUUGGAGCUGGUGGCCUUGAAGAAGGAAAGCUCGGGAGCAGCAAUGGUGAUGGUCGAUUCUAUGGCACUGGAUUCCCAUUAGGUUCUUGGAGUGAUUCAUCAAAUUUCACGGAGAGUCUGGGUGGUUUGAGAAGAGACCAAGACAAUGAUAGAAAGUUAUUUUCUAGCACUCAGAAUGAAGAGUUUGGAAAUCGGAUACAUUUAUUAUCACACCAUUUAAGUUUGCCUAAAACUUCAGCAGACGUUGCCAUGGAAAAGUUGUUACAUUUCCAAGACUCGGUUCCUUGCAAAAUUAGAGCCAAACGUGGUUGUGCUACUCAUCCUCGAAGUAUUGCAGAAAGGGUAAGGAGAACGCGGAUCAGUGAAAGAAUGAGAAAACUACAAGAGCUUGUUCCAAACAUGGACAAGCAAACAAACACAGCAGACAUGCUGGACCUGGCUGUCGAGUAUAUUAAAGACCUUCAAAAACAGUUCAAGACUCUUAGUGAUAACCGGGCAAACUGCAAGUGCUUAAAUAUCCAGAAGCCAGUCUCAAAUCAAGUUGUUUGACUGGCAUGCAUAUGCUUUUUCCAUACAGAGGGAAAUAAUGAAUCCGAUGGAUUAGUGGAUAAAAACGACCAUGUUGUUUUCCUUUAUAUGCUCUGAAUAUCAGGUAGAAAUUAAAGAAACUACAUAAGAAAGUACACUUCCAAGUGGAUACAUGAUAUAGAAAGUUGGUAGAUUUUGAUCAACCACUACAUCCUGGUCUUGUAAGCUAACAAGUGUUUUAGUUGCAACAGGAUAUAUGUAAUAAUGAUCAGAAAAAUUGUAUAGGACAUGUGGCUUAAUAAUGAAUUUUGGUAAUUUUUCUUUCUAUA